GUUGCGAGAGGAUGUAGUCCGCGAGCGUUCUGCGGUGUCCCUCUAUUUUAUGGAACAGAAGUUUGAUCUUUAUUCCUCCUGUGCCUAAUCCCAGACUCGACGUCCUUUCCCCUCGUUUCCAAAAUGUCACCGUGAAGACAGGAGUGCAGUCGGAGCAGGGGGGGUGCCCUUCGUUUGCUGACAUGACCGCACCGAUGUGGUGCCUGUCCUUCCGCCAGCCAUAUGCGGGUCUAGUUCUGGAUGGGGUGAAGACUCUGGAGACCCGCUGGAGACCGCUGCUGGCCCCGCUGGAGAACCAGACCCUGGCCGUUCACAUCGCCUGGCGGGACUGGGAGGGGGACGACUGGAGGGCGGUGCUGAGCAGCCGGAUGGGGAUGAGUGCUGAAGAGAUCGGAGCACUUCUGGAGUCUGGGGAGCGGUUCGGACGUGGUGUGGUGGCAGGACUGGUGGAUGUGGGACGGACCUGGCAAUGCCCCGCCUCCCUGGAUGAAGAGGAGCUUGAGCAGCUGGAGCGCUCGGCCGUUCUGAUUGGUCUGCUGGAGAAACACGUGACCCAGCUGUCAAACCCCCGUUGGCUGAGGAGACCCCUGAGCGCACGAGGAGGGCGCGAUAUCUGGAGCAUGGACAUACCCGUCAAUCUGUUACCAUGACAACAGGGACCACUUCCACUUCACAGUGUGCACAUGGACACUGGAUGGACUCAUGAAAGACGUUUUCCCCAAUAAAUUAAAGCACUUAUUUUUUCGACCAUUAAAUUUCAAGGAAAAAAUUA